AUGGGUGUCGAAGCUCACCAACGACCACCACUGCCUGCACCUACUGAACCCACCGACGUCGACGACACCGAUGUGGCCACCAACGUCUCGCGCCGUACCGACCAGACCUCCUACUCAAUCCCCGAAGACGGCAGUCCCAUCACCAUCUCGACACACAAACUCACAUCCAAAGAAGGCCCACGCCUCCGCCACGGUCGCAACAAAUCCCAGACUUCACUGCUGAUCGAGUACUUCGAAGCCACCAAAGGCGACAAGGCAAAGAACCGACCCAGUGUUCGCGUCAAGGUUACUCCCUCGGCUCACCGCAAAUCAAAGACGUCGGAUUCUGUUCAGAUUACAGGCAUCGGUCGUGACAAAAAGCCAUCAUAUACACGCCGCAUCUCUCUGGGUUCCAAGUCGCCUGACAAAGCCGCGCCAAUCGAAGCCACCGAGGUUAGUCACUCGUCGGGAAGUAACCUUUCGGCCAUCCCUCCGGUCGAGGUCGAGAUUCUCAACAAUAGCGACUUAUCGAGCCUGAAACAGGGCCGUGAAUCCCGCGACUUACACUACCUUUCUACCACCUCGGACGUCUCAUCAAUGCCUCCUGACAGCUUACUAGAGCCUUCUCAUAUCUCGGCUGUGGCCCAAGAUGCAUCUGAGGAGGCGAGCCGUAGCCAGAGUCUUCUGGACCUGCCUGUACAAGACCGAGCACGCAGCGCCAGCCACGAGCGCAUCAAGCAGAAAGUCAUCGAGAAGUUGAUGCAGCGCCAGCGUGGGGAUUCUGUUGAGUAUGAGCCCGAUACUAAACCAACCAAAGAACGCCGCCGCCGCUCAUCCCGCUCUACACGCGAGGACGACCUCGCUAGCGCCGCCGAAUCAUCUAUAUUGUCUUCGAAUCUUUCCCCUAGCAACCUUUCAUACGCUUCUGGCACAACCUCAAAGGUGUCAUUGAACAACCCGAAGCUUCUGCAGAUGGUUGAGGAUACUGUUCGCCGCCUAAUCCUACCCGAAAUCACUCAACUGAAGAAUGAACAGCGACGCUCCUCACAGGGCUCAUAUACUGAUGACGAGCUGGAUCGGCGUCACUCCAAGUCUGCAAGCUCACCCUCAGUUAACGCUAAACCCAAGGUCGUACUCAACCGCUACGAUGACGAUCCUGGCGAGGUGCUCUCCCGAGGAGACUAUGAGCGUCGCGAANAAACUCGUCGGUCCAGUCGCACAGAAUCCGAACGCCCUCGUCGUGAACGUCGUUCUUCGCGCACUUCGACAAGAGAAGAGUCUCUACACAGCAGGUCAAGCAAAGACAAGGAGUCUCAUCACAUCAAAGAGGCUGCCGCUGCUGGUAUCGCUAGUGGUGUUCUUACUGCUGCAGCCCUUCGUCGUCAUGACUCUCAGGACAAUGUUAGCCGUGAACGUCGCAAGAAGCGCAAAGGACGAACAAGUCGCAGCGAUUCAACAAGUCUAGCUGAGACCGAGAAGACAUAUCGCAAAGAAGAUAUCNCCCCUAUGCCCUGGACUGGCGCAUCGGCCAUGAAUGACUCGGAAGUAACCCGUCAAUCCAUUCUCACAGCAUCGACUGAGCGUCCUCAAUCUGCUUCCCUUACGGAACGUCAAACUCCAGUCCGUGAGGUUCGACGAGGCUCGCUUCGUGGCUCCUUGUCACCAGCAUCUACGACUCCCAAAGGAAAAGGAGCUCGCUCGCCUCGGCCUCUGGAGUCGAUUAAGAGCGGCCACUCCCUGACGGAAGAAUACGAUGCCGGUGUUCAAUCCAUCUCAACAAAAGCCAAGACGGCAGCAUUAGCCGCAGCUGGCUUGGGCGGCAUCGAGACCGUUCAUCAAUAUUAUGAAACUGGUAAACAUGACUCGAGCCCCACGCAGAGCGUUUCCACUCUCAGAGAUAGUCUCAAUGACCCUUUGGUCCCCCAUGGUCUGCGACCUCGCAGUAGAGUCUCCGAGCUAUCCGCUGGUUUCGAGGAACGGCAGCGGAACGCUAUGUCUCCUGUUUCAGCGCCGACUUCUCCGAGUGUUCAGAAGAAAAGCUUCGACAUUAUUAGAGCCUCUCAGUCACCUGCACAAGUGUACGAUGAGGCUGAAGAGCGUAGCGAGCUGGAAGAAUGGUUUCAACAGGAGCAUGAGAAGAACGAGGAGUAUCGCAAAUCUCUCGCAAGCACCAUUCCUGAGACACUCGAUGAGCGCCGUCUGACCCAGUACACCGAAGGCAGCUACCUAUCUAGCGAACAGAGUCCGGAACGUGACGUCAAGGGAGUUGCUGCGACCNCCCAGUACACACACCUGCCACAUGGCGUCGAAUCUGCCGUCGCCUCUCUGAUUGACCCUUCUACAGUUAGUACUAGUAUUCAAUCAUCCCAAGCAAGCCCGAGCAAUUUGGAAGACAUUCGUUACCGUGAGCGAAUGGAUGAUGGCGUGCGUGAGGAGCUUCAUCAUCAGUCAAUGGAACCUCAAAGUACGGACUCGAAGAUGCAAUACCCAACGCAGCACCGAUGGAGUGCAUUACGUGAAAAUGCUUUGGCUCUAUCCAACCGGGGCUCCUCUGCACAACCCACAAACUCUCCUCGCCAGAGCGAGACUUUCCACGAGGAACGCACGCACGCAGACUCUCNNCCCCCUGUCCGCUUAAGCGCUCAUGGCAUUCCUGAUGCUAAUGAUCCCCUGCCUGAGAUUGGACAUGGAAUUGACUCUGAGUCUGACUUGAGUACAAAUCCUCCAGAGAUCCAAGGACCUGGCUCAAGCGAUGGACGCCUCAAUUUUCUCCCUUCAUUCUCAAACAGUCCGGAGAGAGAGGCCGUGCGACACGAUAGUAUUUCAGAGCACAGUUUCUCGAUGAAGGAAAAAGUCAAAUUGGGAGCCGGCAUCGCUGCUGGUGCUUUCGCGGCGGACAAAAUUCUGGAUCGACACAGCUCAGACAAGCAUCUCUCGGCAAACCAGGCAGUGAUCGAAGACUAUGCCUCUCGUGAGACGACUCCAGAUGUUCGGCAAGCUCAGGCUAUCCAUGUGGGCCGUGCAGGAACAGCCUCUCCUGUUCAUUUUGGAGACGAGGGGUACGCAUCUGCGGCCUACGCUCGUUCCAACGGAGCCUCCACCCCCAGAGGCCACAAGACUUACGCCAAAGCCCGGUCUGAAGAACACGACGUCGAGGAAGAGCAGGAAGAAGCAUUCGCCGGGAAACACAGUCGGCACUUGAGUGGCAAUUCUCAUGGCAUGUCUUCCCCGCUCUACGACAGCGCUACUGGCAGAGGAAUUGACACAAUCCAAUCCAAGGAUGUGGUUGCGUUGAUGGACCACCUUACAGUUCGAGACGCGCAUCGCAAUGCAAGGGAUACAGAAAUUCUUGUUACACUGGUGCGCAGUGCUGCCGAGAUGCGUCACGAAUUCGAGGAAAUGAAGAGAUUUAUCGCCGAGCAGGAUCGCAAGAUCAUGGAAAAUACGGAUCGCGAUGCCGAGUAUACAGUCAAGAAGGUGCUCGGUGGUCCUCGACCUCAGCCGCCUGCCUUACCUCGAACGGUUCAUGGCACCUACAACGAAGAGGAUCUCCCGAUGAAACGCAAGAACGUCUUCAAGCGCGCACUCAAAGGACUGAGCAAGAGAGGCUCAAACGACUUGUCUAAGAUUGAAGACAUGUUGAAUCAGAUACUUGGAGACGUAGAGGAUCUCAAGCUAACGCAAGGCGAUCGACCACCCAUGUCACUCCGUGGCAGUAGCUUCGACUCGUAUGAGGACCGGGCAUAUUAUGGACGCGACUCUGGAUACGAGCCCGAGGGACAAGCUGGUACUUCAUCAACCCCCAACCACUCCGGUCGUCUGUCCAACCAUUCUGGUAAUGCAUCGUUUCCUUCUCCCCAGGAGAAGACAACUUCCCCACAGGAGAGGUACUUUCACUCUGGAUACAAUGGCCGUAGAGACUCGAUCAAUCGUGUCAGCACAGUCUUGGAAGAAGAGAGUAAUGAUGGCAGAUCCUUCUUGGAGCAGCAUGAGACUCAUGUUCUCGACAACCAAUUCGAAAACAACGAAAGGCUCCUGACCCCGACACAAGAGUCAUUCAAUCGUAGAUCCGGAUCUUUUGAUUCUACUAAGACCCCUGUGCAACAACGACACAGUCCGUUCGAUGCCCAAACUGGUAACAGCACCCCUGAGAAGCAGCGCAAGCAAUCUGUUUUUGGAAUCCCCAAGAUCUCUCGCUGGUCCAAGACGACGACCUCCUCAUAUCUCGAGAAUUCAGAUGUCAAUGGAAAACGUCGAAGCCAGUACACCGAUGCCUCUAGCAGUGUCGAGAGCUUGAGUUCCAAUGGUGCGGGCUACUACGACAACGGCUAUGCACUGCAGUCGGAAGAUCGGCUUCGAUCGACCCAGUCGCUGGCCAAAGAUCAGGUAACCAGAGAGUACUUGCCUGACAACAGAAGCGUCCGCAGCGGGCUUAGUGAUCUGACGCGAACCCCAUCGCCACUUAUCCCUUCUGAGACAGGUUCUCAGCUCGACAACAUUCCUAUUAUCCUUCCGGGCGAUGAUGAAGUUGAUGACUUCGACGAUCCCAAAUACUCGGCUCAUCGUGAUUCUUUGCUUCUGCAGCAUCCUCAACCUCGACCAGGACCAACGCACCGCCAUCAGACAAACCUCGAAAACGAAGCUCGAACAUUCAGUGGACCUGAUCAUUUUGAGACAGGAACAAGCAGUGACCUUUCUCAGCGCACCGUGGAUAGCGAUUUUGAUCCUUUGCAAUGGGGAUCGAACNCCUCGCUUUCUCUGGCACGAACCAACAAACUCAGCGGGAUCCCUUCCGGGAAGGACAACGGUCCUCUGGUUCCUGAAAGCAAACAGAAGGCCGCACCUAGAGUUGAGGUAGAGCCACCAAAGGAACAGCGACAGCAAGCACCGCAGAAGCCUCGCCAGAUGUACUAUUCGACCCCACUUGGUUCGGGACACCUGCUUGAGCCUAUUGAAGAAGUGAGAUACUCGUUGGAAACAGACCGUGGACAUCCGACAGCUAGUCCUAGAAUAGCUAGCCAGCUUAGUCCAACUCGCAAAAUCACCGGACCGAGACCGAUGGGCUCGCGUGCUCCCAGCGGUGCCAAUGACGAGACUCAGCAAGAGCAAACCUCUGGUACU